UAUUUUAGAAGAUAUCGUAAGAAAUAAGAAAAAGAAAAACGAAAGCGGAGAUAAUAAUAAAUUUCAGUUAAAUUCGGCUCACAAAUCCAUUUCUAUUUCAGCCCAAAAAUCAUGAUCUAGCGAUAAUUUUGAAGAGUGGUGUUUUGAUUUUCCUCCAGUUCAGAAAUGGCCAUUUUCUCUCCUUCAUCCGCAUACCCUAAACCACUAACAUUUCCAACCCAAAACCCCUCUCCUCUCCCUUUCUCUAUCCAUCCCCUACGUCUCUCACUUCCUCCUUCGCCGCCCUGCACGAGUCCCACCACUCGCCUCCGCCGUUGCCACGCCGCGUUAUCUCCCCUACCGCCGCCCCAGUCCGACCCUCCUCCCGGAAAAGACCCCCAAGGUAUUGCAGCGACUCUCUCUCGGUUGCAGGAUCGUGUUCAGAUCUUCUUAGCUGUUCUUUUUUGGAUGUCUCUGUUCUUCUGGGCUUCUGUAUGGGAUGGAAAGAAUAAUGGUAGGGGUAGAUUGAACAAGGGAUCUCGAUUUAAAAGAUGAUGUAGUAAGCAUUUUUUUCUUGUAUAUAUAUGUAAGAGUGUUAAGAGGAGUAGUGGUAGAUCACACAUUGCUAUAAUUCAUCAUUUGCCGAUGUAGGUGGUUAUCUUUCAUAUCCUCGUUUCCAUUUAUUUUUGUUACUUGUGCCUGGAAAUACAGAAUAAAGCAAUUUGAAAUGAAAUGAUCAUAUUUUACGUUCAGAAAUAAA